CACUUGCAACAAUCGAUCGAUUAGAACUCAUCAUGCCAAAAUACGCGAUACGAGGCGGGGAUGUGACGUUAAAGUGUGAUCACAGCGUGCCCUUAGAACAGCUACACAAAGUCGAAUGGAAGAAAUCAGGCGUGAAGAUAUUUCAAUACGUCAAAGGGCGCACACCGCCAUUUCGCUACUUUCCAACGGCCGGAGCCGAACUAAACAAAGAACAUAGCAGCGAAAAACAAAUUCAGCUGUCAAAAUUAGAUUUUCCGGCAUCAGGUUCGUACUCGUGCAUUGUCUCCAUGGAAACGCCAAUAUUUAGCAAGGAAACUGAGAGCCACGAACUCACCGUAAUAGAACCUCAAGAUAGCGAUCCCAUUAUUACAUUCAACAAGGAUACAUACGAGAUCGGAGAAAUUUUAGAGGCAAAUUGCACGACGAGUCCUGCACGUCCUCCGCCCCACGUCACGUGGUUAAUAAAUAAUGAACGAUACACCCUUCGCUCCUUUGGAAAGCGAUCGAGUUCCGAGAGGCCCUUUAAACGGGUUCUUAGUGUUGAAAGACAAAAUUACGGGGGACCACCUUCCUAA